UGGACUAUCAGCGCCAUCUCAUACCUUCUCGAAACCUUCGGGAACUUUCGAGUCUAUCGAAAUCUGCGCGAGCCUUGUGUACACGAGGCUGCUGCUGGCGGUGCGGAAGCAGGUGCAGAGGGUGAAGGAACCAGUGAGAUCAAGUUGACAGAUUCGGCCUCCGGGCUGUCGGACGGCCCAACUGAAAUCGCUCCCAUCACCAAUGCCAGUCUACCGCCUCUGCGCAUCUGUCCGCCAUUGCCACGCCUCUGUCUGCUCCUUGGACCCUGUACUAGCCAAAAAUCCGCCAAGAAUCUUACCCAGGAGAGCCAGCAGCCGAAGAAUGUCUUCUCGGACUACGACGUCAGCACGCAGUUUGAAACGCAUGAGGCGGGUGUGUGGCCUGACUACACCUCCAGUGUAUUUAUUAGAAAUCGCGAUAUUGAGCAGGAGAGCAAGAAGAACUUCUGUGAUAUCUUAGUAUAUCUUCAUCCCUACGAGACGCGCUGGUUGCCACUCCAACUUUUUGCGUUAGAAAACACGUGCCCUUCUGGGGAUGCUGGCGUCCAUUCAUCUCCCACCACUGGUCUUCUCAAUGUACUCCACCUUUCCCUACAAACAACCUCUUCCACAAACGAUUUUCUUCAGUCAAGGGGUCUUCUACUUGGUCAAUUCCUGCAGUGUUUAGGCGUGGAAACCAUCAAGGCCAAAGUAGGUCUUUGUUUAUGGUUUUUUUCUGUCAUAAGUGCUUCUGUUUAUGUGUAG